AUGGCGGACGACAUUUCAAGAGGCACCAACAACCACCCCCUCAGCCACGACGAUCGCAUCGAUCUAGACGUCGAGAAAGAGCGUGUGGAAAACCACGAACAUGUGGUUGAAGUCCCAAAUCCCAAUGUAGUCCCUCGGAUUGACCCGGCGCGACGGGCCGUGGUCGAGAAGAGCCUCAUGCGCAAACUGGACGCACGAUGCAGUCUCUUUGUGCUCAUCUACAUCAUGAACUAUCUCGAUCGCAACAACAUCUCGGCCGCCCGUCUGAAAGGUCUGCAAAAGGACCUGUCCCUGUCAGACACUCAGUACUCGACUUGUCUGAGUAUUCUCUACGUCGGAUACAUUUUGAUGCAAGUCCCGUCCAACAUGUUCAUCAAUCGGAUCCAACGACCGUCGCUCUACAUUGCCGUGGCCAUGACCCUGUGGGGGUUGAUCUCAACCUGCUCCGGUCUGGCCGGCAACUUUGCCCAUAUGGUGGUCAUUCGAUUUUUGCUGGGCUUUGUCGAGGCGGCCUUUUUGCCCGGUGCCCUGCUCAUUCUCUCCAAAUGGUACACCCGUCGAGAAUUGACCACGCGCAACGCCGUGCUGUUCUGCGGUAACCUGAUCUCCAACGCCUUCUCCUCGCUCGUCGCGGCGGGUGUCCUGUCCAACAUGGAAGGAACUCUCGGCCAUGCCGCCUGGCGAUGGCUCUUCUGGAUCGAAGGAGCCGCCACCAUGACCAUUGCCAUCUCGGCGGCUUUCAUUCUCCCCGAUCUGCCCACCAAUUCCCGAGGCUUCACCGAGGAAGAGCUCCUCGUGGCGCAACUGCGCAUCCUGGAGGAUGUGGGCGAAGCCGAUACCGAUUCCGAGGAGCAGAGUGCCUUUAGCGGUCUCUUCAUGGCCCUCAAGGACUUUAAGAUCUACCUGAUGAUGUUGGCCUUUACGGCCUAUGUCAUUGGCUUGUCCUUUAAUGCAUUCUUCCCCACUCUGACCGGUACCCUUGGUUUCUCCUACGUGCCCACUCUCCUGAUGAGUGCUCCCCCAUGGGUCUUUUCCUGUCUCUUCUCCGUGCUCAACGCGUGGCACGCAGACCGAACUCAAGAAAAGAUCUGGCACAUUUACGGCCCCAUCUUCAUGGGCCUCGUCGGCUUCAUCAUCAGCAUGUCCACCCUCAACGUGGCCGCCCGCUACAUCGCCCUCUUCCUCCAAGCCGGCUCCUACGCCGGCUUCAUCGUCUUCUACUCAUGGAUCAGUUCCUCCUUUCCCCGACCCCCCGCCAAGCGUGCGGUGGCCCUGGCCCUCAUCAACGCCUUCAGUCAACUGGGUAACGUGGCGGGCUCUUAUGUCUGGGAUCUGAAAGAGAACGGGUACCGAAAGAGCUACGGCAUCGUGACGGCCAUGUACGGCGUGACCAUCAUCGGAUUUUGGAUCUUCCGUAUGAUUCUGGUCAAUCUGAAUAAGAAGUUGGAGCGGCAGGAGGCUGAGUGGGAUGCGGAACACUCUGAACAACCGCAGGCAGGGAAUGUGGUGUUUAUGGAUAGUGCGGAUGAGUCGUUGCGGAUGCGUAAGGGUUUCAGGUAUUUGGUUUAA